AUUCACAUUGAGCCACCCAAUAACUGCGCAUUGUUACGUAUUAUGACCCUCGCCAGGCACCGUAACCUCUUUAAGACUCUGAAUCCGGAAGUGACGGUCCUUUCCUUUCUGAAGCUCAGCAGCGUCGGGGUCCCUGGGAGACAGCGCUGCAGCAUGCCUCGCAAAAUUGAAGAGAUCAAAGACUUCCUGCUGACAGCCAGGAGAAAAGAUGCCAAAUCUGUCAAGAUCAAGAAGAACAAGAACAAUGUUAAAUUCAAGGUCCGCUGCAGCAAGUACCUGUACACCUUGGUCAUCACAGACAAGGAGAAGGCUGAGAAACUAAAGCAGUCCCUGCCACCCGGUCUGUCAGUGAAAGAACUGAAGUAACUCUGCUGUCUAUUCUGUUCAAAAAAAUAAAAAAUGGUUUCUAAAAACAA